AUGCAGACCCGCAGAAUCGAGAAGUUCCACGUCUUCUGCUUCACAUGUGCUGCAUCUGUGCUGGCUUACCUGUGGAUGCUGGUGGUUCUGGCUGGAAUCACACCGGACAGAGUGGACCUAUGGGAAGGUGUAGUGACACUUUCGUUCUUUUUCGUCUUCUUGGCGGUCGCUUUCUCACUGGACAAACGCUUCUCCAGCGACGACCCCGACUAUGAUGUUGUGGAGGUGCAUCGUCAGCUGGAAAAUCGGUUUGGCCAGCCAGUGAACCUGGAAGGAGUUCGGGCGAUGCUGAAAAUGCAGCCGCCGCAGCCGGAGGGUCGAAACUCAAGACUCACAGCUAAAGGCAAGCUGCUGCGGCUUUCCGUUGGUGGCAAGAAGCAGCCGAACUCCUAUGCCUACGGUUUCUUGGUCGCUGAAGAGGUGGUGACAAGCGGCGAAGCUGCUGUUGUGCUUCAGAUUGUCGCGAUGAACGGCCCUCACCCUGCCCCCGUCCGGAUAAAGUACCGGACAAGAAACGGGAUGGCCAAAGCUGGGAAGAGGUACCACCAGAAGUCCGGUGUAUUGCACUUCCUCCCAGAGGAUGACAGGCAAGAACUACGGAUUUCCAUGAUGGAUACACAGGGUCCACCUGAAGAGUUCUACGUGGAGCUCACCGAGAUCCAUGCAGAAGGAGCGGAAGGCAAGAAAAAUCCUCCGGUUCUGGCGAACAGUGGCUGCUGCUUGGUGUGGAUCCUUUCGGAGUCUGAUGGAGUAUGGACACCACCUUGGACAUGUCACCCCCACAAGGAACAGAGGAUAAGGCUCGCAAGCAGCACCUUGCCUCAGUACCACGUGAGAGCGAAGCAGCCACUGCACAGACUAUGUGUGACAUGGACGGCUUCGAAUCGAAGGAAGCCAAACAAGAAUACAGAUCUGAAGCCAAAUCUGAUUAUAGGUCUGAAGCCAGAUCACAAGCUGAACCAGGCAGCGAAGAGCCGGAUGAAGCCUUCAGCUGUGGGCAUUGGCGAGACAAGGUCGUUGAGGCGCUCUUUUGCAAUGGCAGCCCAGCAGAGCAAGCGCAGGCAACAGUAUUCGAUUGGUUGA